AUGUAUCUCAUAGGUAAUUCAACCCAUGAAGCUUUCAAUGAAGUUCUCUUGGGGAUAACCCUGUCCUUGCUAGCUGAGAGUUACAGAAUCUUCCCUGAACCCCCAGAGUGUUUGACCGAUCCCCCCAGGUAUACAAUGAAGAUUGAACAUCAUAUCUGGGGUUCAAGAGACGGUAACAAACUGGUGUCUCAACUCACUUUGAAAAUCGAUAACUCACUUUCUGCAUCAGACAACGAACCAGAGAUUGCUCGCUCUGAUGACAACAGGGGAUGGUAUCAUACCUUAAGAGAACACUCCACAAUUGUGGUACCCGAAGGUACUACUAUCACUGGCGAGCUGGAGACUUUUGGACAAAAUAUACAGAGACUUGAGAAUAAAGGUUUCCGAAAGUGUUCUUCUUUCAUCCUACGAGUUGAGACUGAGCUGAUGCGUGAUCCAAGUUUGCAACAUUCUGUAGGUACCAUAGCAGAACGACCUGAACCGCCUGACGAGUUACGCAUGAUAUUGUCACGAACUACGUCGUGA